CGUCGCACUUGCAGGGGAGCGAUCGUCUCAUGUUCCGCCAUCUUUCCCUUCAACUAUGCCACGGUCCCAAUACGCAGAUUACGCUUCAGGACCGAACACCCAGUCCAUGAACUUUCACCCUUCUCAAUCAGUACCCCAGGAUCGAGCAUGGGCUAGAGCAGGAUCCUCGCAUGCUGGUUCUUUUGGACAUGGACAACCUACCACGACUACGACAUAUUCCUCAUCUGGCUCGGUCUCUGAGAAGGGCUCUAAAACAGGUCAGCACCAGCCCAGAUCUGAGAUAUUCUCUGCUUCCCGCUCGACUUCAACCUCUUCCUCAUUCGCUGGCCCUAGCAACCAAUUCUACGACAAUUCGAACUACACAACCUCGCAACUCACCCAUCCCAGACCGCACCGAGACUCUCCUGAAGUACAAUUCCUAUACGCACGCUCCAGACCACAUGACGAGGGUAAUCCACCACUUUCAGAAAACCACCUCUCCUCUUCGUCUUCUUUUUCUCCUUCUUCUCUCAGUGAAUCUCGAGCCAGAGUAGCCUCCCAACACAAGGGCAAAAAGAAAAGCGAGCCGGAAUCUACACGCGACAGACCAGGUGAUAAAUAUCUGAAGAUGUUUCUCGAGCCCGAGCAAGUAAAUUAUGAAGAUGCUAUGCUGGAGAUUCUCGAUGGGAUGCCAUUGCCACACCCGUUUAAUGCUAGUUCUACUUGAGUUUAUUUCUUUUUUUAACUUUUUUUUGUUUUUUUUUGUAAAAUAGAAAAGCAUGCAUGGGGUUUAUAGUUGCAUUUCGC